UUUUUAUUUUUUUUAAUUAUUAAUUGUCUAUUCCUCCACCCACCCAGCCCCUCCUAGGAAUUUGUCAGUUGUCGAGGUUCUCCCAUCAUCCCCCAGUUUAAUCAUUUGGAAAGCAGAGCACUACCUACAAGUAAAUCAGAUUAGAUUGAAAAAAAAAAACGGACGGCUAAGAUGAAUUAUCACUCACAUCGUUAUUUAACGGUUGACGAUUCAUCACGCAAGAGAAAAGACCGUCAAGACACGUUUUAUUCUUCACCAAAACCGUCAAAUCCACUAACGGCCGUUAGUAAAGCCGCCCCCGAGCCGAAUAUUACUAAAAUGGCUAAUCCACUUUUAGCCGGCUAUCUGGCUUAUGAAUUUUUGACUAAAGGGACUUUAUUGGGUCAGAAAUACGACCCGGCUCGAGCCAAAGCGGUUCCAGUGAAUGCGAACGUGGCUUUAGCUGAGCCGAAGAAGAGGAAGUUGAAUCCUGAGGAAGGUGAAAAGUCGAAGCCGAAGCCGAAGAAUGAGAGUUAUGCUGAGGUGGCAGCCUUGUUGAGGAGUGAUGGGACCCACAUUCCUGGUAUUGUCAAUCCUACGCAGCUGGCGCAGUGGAUUCUGAUGUGACACCAUAAAGUGCACGUGGCGGAUUUUCAUUGGCAGAGAAUUUUCAGUGUAAGAAUUGUAAAACCGAAAGCUUUGGGUUUUGGUUUACAGAAGGAAAGGAAGUAAUGUAGAAAACAUUUACUCAAAAAUAUCAUGUGUUUGUUGUUGUUUUAAUUAGUUACUUUGUUUAAGUUUGAUUUGUUUUUUUCUAUGUUGUUGUUAUUAGAUGACUCAUGAAUGUUAUGUGCUGGUUAGAGUGCUAGCUAGCUUUUUUCAUAUAUAGUAUCUUAGUUCAUUUUCUUUAA